UAUCCGCGGUCCACGAGGUGUCCAUUCGCGUACUCGUCGGCCCCGUUGCCCGACCAUGACCGUUGCUGCUCUCGACGCCUGGACACUGUCGGUCGGUUUCCACGCGCGUGCAAUCGUCGUCGUCCGUGCAUUAUCGUAAGACACUCUUCGAGGCAACGUACGUUAUCGCGCGUCCGGAUAGUAAAAUCGUACGCGACAUCGUUCCGACAAACAUCGGUAACAACAGCAUUAGGCAACACGACGAACGCCAACGGUGCGCGAACAUUAUUGCGCAGCAUUACACUAUAAACGAUCGCCCGUGAUCGCGCGCGAAAACCGUUGUACCGCAAACGGGGCGAACAAAAGACGGGUAACGGAUACCGCAGAUACGGAAACGCGUUGAGAACGACAACCGAUCGCGCUUCGACAACAUCAGUUACACGUACGGUGUGCGGGCGUGCGUUUGAACCAUAUCGUAUCGCUGCGGAACGAUGGUCGUCUUCAGCGUGUCCAGACUCCAGCAGAUCAUCAGCUUCGUAAUGAUGGCUGCUGUGAUUGUGGCUGCCGUGCAGUGUUCCAAUCAUGAAACCGAAUCACGGGCCAUGCACAGUCACGAGGAAGGGCCAAUGCGUAUUAAAGCGCAGUCCAGGAUAUCCAUGUUGAAAGGUGGCACCAAUGGAUACGGGGCUAGGGUACAAAUCCGUGAGGAUCUCCAUGGCCGGAAGCACGCGCACGCCAUGGCUAUUUGCGACUGUAACGGACAGGGACCGUGGAGACCUUUGUUCAAACCGUCGCAGAUCCUGAAGACCGAAUUCCCGGAGCACGAGGCUUUCCACGAAGAGGUAGACUCACGGUACCGGAGCUUGAUGAGCCAACAAGUGGACAAUCACUUGCGAUCCUUGCAGUCUGUGGCGCAGUCUUCUGAGCACCUAACUCCCGGAUUGGACAGCAGCGGCGGAAGCGGUGGCAGCGGAAGUUUCAGUGGUGGUGGUGGAAGUUUUAACGGUGGCGACGGAAGUUUCAGUGGUAGUGGUGGAAGUUUCAAUGGUGGCAGCAACGGAGGUGGAGCAGUAGUGGGAGGAGGCAGCGGUGCAGGACACGCCAAGAAGCACAACCACUUGAUCCACUUGCACCUGAUACCACAUAUUUACGUGCCGAUCGUACACUCUUCCGGCUUCACAGAGGCGAAAAACUAUCACUCGACCGUCGAGGACGGGUCUUUGUCGCCGUCCCCAAACCUCCAUCACUCGGUUGAUUCGUCUUCGUCGUCGGAGUUUCAGACGAGCGAGGUCGGUGGCACGAGUGGGGCAACCGGCACUUCCGGUCCCGGCGAGAGCCCUUCGGCAGCCGCCGAAUCCCAUACGCCGACCGGAGACGUUAACGAACACGACAACGGUAGCAGUAACUUUAACGGGCACUCGGGUGAGAAUACGUAUUACACGAUCACCGAGGACGCCGUGCAGCACGUGCACCACGACUUGCACGAAAAUUACGGGAACGCGAUCGACAACAAUUCCAACAACAACCACGACUACGAGGUGCCUGGUUCCAACCAGGUACCAGUCGAGGAACCGCAUCAGUACCAGGUACACGAGUUCGACGACCUGAACAAGGACUACAGCAACAAGAAGAACAUGGUGAGCUCGUCGACGACGGCGAGCAAACCUCAGCAACAACAGCAGCAGUACAAGCAAAAGAUCGCGGUUAGACCGAACAGGGCCAAGCACGCCCGGAAGCUGACCAGUCGGCAGGACCUGAAGAACCUGCUGGUGAUGCGACCGCCGCCCGUGGGACAGCCGCAGACGUGGAGGUACGUGUACCAGCCAACGGUGGCCCGGCAUCACCAGUUCUAUCAGAGGAAGCAGCAGCUGCCGCCGCCGCCGCCGAUGAUGCCGCUGAUCAAGACUAGGACGUUGCCGUUGAUCCUGCACAUCCGGCAACGGUCGGAUGACUGACAGCUUUAUUUGACGUCCACCCUCGCGAGACGGCACCGAUAAGUCUUUCGCUGCGCGUAGCGUCUCCUCCGAAACGAUACGUACCGGAAACGUCCGUUGUACGCCACCAUCGCACGGCUUUCCGUCGAAUGCGUUUUAGUAUCGACCCAAUACAUUGUCAAUUAUAAAC